UUUGAUUGUUAACCACGUCAGAGAACAGUUGAGUGCUCCACAAAAUCACGGAAAAGUCGCAGUUUUUAGUGAAUUUCGUACGUGAAAGUCUUAUUGAUAAUCAUGGCAGAUCCAAAGAACGCUGAUGAUUUGGCCACGGCCAUUCUCAAGCGCAAGGAUCGCCCAAACCGUCUGCUGGUGGAGGAGGCCGUCAAUGAUGACAACUCCGUGGUGUCUCUGUCGCAGGCGAAGAUGGACGACUUGGGUCUCUUCCGCGGCGACACGGUGCUGUUGAAGGGGAAGCGCCGCAAGGAGACGGUCUGCAUUGUGCUGUCGGAUGAGAACUGUCCGGAUGAGAAGAUCCGGAUGAAUCGUGUGGUGCGUAACAACUUGCGCGUUCGUCUGUCGGAUGUGGUGUCCAUCCAGUCGUGCCAGGACAUCAAGUACGGCAAGCGGCUGCACAUUCUCCCCAUCGAUGACUCCGUGGAGGGCCUCACGGGCAAUCUGUUCGAGGUGUAUCUGAAGCCCUACUUCCUGGAGGCCUAUCGGCCGAUCCACAAGGACGACAACUUCAUCGUGCGCGGCGGCAUGAGGGCCGUUGAGUUCAAGGUGGUGGGCACGGAGCCCUCGCCGUACUGUAUUGUGGCCCCGGAUACGAUCAUCCACUGCGAUGGGGAGCCGAUUAAGCGCGAGGAAGAAGAGGAGGCGCUCAAUGCUGUGGGAUAUGACGAUAUUGGCGGAUGUCGCAAGCAAUUGGCGCAGAUCAAGGAGAUGGUGGAGCUGCCACUGCGCCACCCGUCGCUCUUCAAGGCGAUCGGCGUGAAGCCACCUCGUGGCAUCUUGAUGUACGGCCCACCGGGCACAGGAAAGACUCUGAUCGCUCGCGCCGUGGCCAAUGAAACGGGUGCGUUCUUCUUCUUGAUCAACGGGCCGGAGAUCAUGAGCAAAUUGGCCGGUGAGUCGGAGUCGAAUUUGCGAAAGGCCUUCGAGGAGGCGGAGAAGAACUCCCCGGCGAUCAUCUUCAUCGACGAGCUGGACGCGAUUGCGCCCAAGAGGGAGAAGACUCACGGCGAGGUGGAGCGCAGGAUUGUGAGUCAGCUGCUGACGCUGAUGGACGGCAUGAAGAAGAGCAGCCAUGUCAUCGUCAUGGCGGCCACUAAUCGGCCCAAUUCGAUUGAUCCAGCUCUGAGGCGCUUCGGGCGUUUCGAUCGCGAGAUCGACAUUGGCAUUCCCGAUGCCACUGGGCGUCUGGAGGUGCUGCGCAUCCACACGAAGAACAUGCGCCUGGCAGAUGAUGUGGAUCUGGAGCAGAUCGCGGCCGAGAGUCACGGCCAUGUGGGCGCUGACUUGGCGUCGCUGUGCUCAGAGGCGGCGCUGCAGCAGAUCCGCGAGAAGAUGGACAUGAUUGAUCUGGAGGACGAUCAGAUCGAUGCUGAAGUGCUCAACAGUUUGGCUGUAUCCAUGGACAACUUCCGCUACGCCAUGACCAAGUCGAGCCCGUCGGCGCUGCGCGAGACGGUGGUGGAGGUGCCCAACACCACCUGGGCUGACAUUGGUGGCCUGGAGAAUGUGAAGAAGGAGCUGCAGGAGUUGGUGCAGUAUCCCGUUGAGCAUCCGGACAAGUUCCUCAAGUUUGGCAUGCAGCCGUCGCGCGGAGUGCUGUUCUACGGGCCGCCCGGGUGUGGUAAAACCCUCCUGGCCAAGGCGAUCGCCAACGAGUGCCAGGCCAACUUCAUCUCGGUGAAGGGGCCGGAGUUGCUCACCAUGUGGUUCGGCGAGUCCGAGGCCAAUGUGCGUGACAUCUUCGACAAGGCCCGCUCGGCCUCUCCGUGCGUGCUGUUCUUCGACGAGCUGGACUCCAUUGCCAAGAGUCGCGGUGGGAAUUUGGGCGAUGCCGGCGGCGCUGCUGAUCGCGUGAUCAAUCAGAUCCUCACGGAGAUGGACGGCAUGGGCGCGAAGAAGAAUGUCUUCAUCAUUGGCGCCACUAAUCGCCCUGACAUCAUCGAUCCGGCUAUCUUGCGUCCCGGCCGUCUGGAUCAGCUCAUCUACAUUCCACUGCCGGAUGAGAGGUCGCGCGAGGCCAUCCUGAAGGCCAACUUGCGCAAGAGCCCCAUCGCGCCCGAGGUGGACCUCAACUACAUCGCUAAAGUCACUCAGGGAUUCUCCGGGGCGGAUCUCACGGAGAUCUGCCAGCGGGCCUGCAAGCUCGCCAUUCGGCAGGCCAUCGAGACGGAGAUCAGGCGCGAGAAAGAGCGCGCUGAGAACCAGAACAGCGCCAUGGAUAUGGACGAGGAAGAUCCAGUGCCGGAGAUUACGCGUGGACACUUUGAGGAGGCAAUGAAGGUUUCCCGUCGUUCGGUGUCGGACAACGAUAUCCGGAAGUACGAGAUGUUUGCCCAGACGCUGCAGCAAUCUCGUGGUAUUGGCACAAAUUUCAGAUUUCCGUCGGGCGGUGCCUCUUCGUCACAGGGUCCUGGCCAGGGCCAACCGCAGAAUCGUCCGGAAGACAAUGGAGACGAUGAUCUCUACAGUUAGACGACCUCUUUUUUCAUCUCGUGUGUGCGCGCUCAUGAAGCGAUAACCCAUGAUAGAUUUCUUUUUCGUUUUGUUCAUCUUUUGUAAAAGAUUACCCAGGAGAGCGAUAUCUGGAUGGAGAUGAGACAGAUCUAGCCCGUAAGGAGUUCUUUUCCACACAAAUUAUUCGUAGAAUCUAUACUAGAGGGUAAUAAUGAAUUGCAGUUUUUUGCGUAAUUUAAACAUAUAUUUCCAACUUGAAAAUAAAGAAUAAUAAAGUAAA